GUUACUUAUGGUCAAAGACCUUCUUGAAAGGAUUCUUGAACAAUCCGGCAUCGGUUGAUGUUUUGGUGUUUUGAUUCUUCUGUUUUUUGGGUUUUUUUUUUCUUUGAUUUUCUUCAGUAUAGACUUGUUGGGUUUUAGAGUUUGUGUUGUAUAUAAGGCAAUCCUUCGAAGAUGUUUUGCUAGUUCUUUGGAGGAUUUAAGUCUGUUUGGGUUGUGUUUUUCUUGAUUGUUCGUUGUUUUUUGCGGAGGAAGAGUCAAGAAAAAGUAUAGGUUUGUUGUAGUUUUCAGUGUUUUUAAUGUAUGGGAAUUGGUGAAAGUUCAGUUCUUGAUCUGGUGGUGAGAAGAGUGAGAUCUUGGAUCGGUAGGUUUGCUGGAGCUCUGGUGAUGGACUCAUUGCCUUCUUGCUCUGAGUGUUCACUUGGAUUGGGGCCUGGUGCCAAAGGAUUCUCUUGUCGUUGCUGUGGGCGCUUGUUCUGUAGAAAAUGCAUGCAGAGCGGUGGGGUUGAUCAGCAGCCAAAGUACUGUGCUUUUUGUUUCCAGUCUGUUGGUAAUAUGGAGACUGCUGUUGUCCGUCCGGUGUGUCCGCAGACUGUGCCGGAGUGUCCGCAGCUGAGGUUUAAAAAUAGCAGGUUUGCUCAAUUAAUGGAGCAGCAGCAGCAGCAGCAGCAGCAGCAAGGUCGUUCUCUGCACUCUUGUUGCUCUAGUUGCAGAAGUGAUGAGGAUGAAGAUGCGGAAGAGAACGGGAAGCAUUUCUCGAGUCCUAUGAGUGAUUUCUCACAGGAUGUCUCUUCUGAUGUAGAUGCUAGUAGUGUAAAUUUGGGUUAUGAGAAUUGUAGCUUCAAGUCUGUGGCUUCGAGCCCCUUUGAUAGUCCUGGCAGACUUGGAGAUCCAGGGGAUUAUAGUCCUGUGAAGAAUUCUGUCUCGGGUCAUGAUACUUCAGCUCAUUUAAGGAAGCCUGGAGUGGAGUCCGAUGAUCGAUGUUCUUACGGUAAUUUGUCAGUUUAUAAGAGUGAUGAAGGGCAGAAGGAUCAGCAACCAUUGGAUUUUGAAAACAACGGGCGCAUUUGGUAUCCUCCAGAGCCUGAAGAAGAAUAUGGAGAUGCAGAAAAUGGGUAUUUUGAGUAUGAUGAUGAGGAUGAUGAUGUCGGUGAAUCGGGCAAGCUUUUCUCAUCAAGUGAUUUUGAUACUGAUGCUUUUAAAAUGAAAGAGAGAGCUAAUGGAUCAAACAAAGAGGCUUUGACGAGUGCUGUUCAUGGGCACUUCACGGCUCUUGUUUCUCAAUUAUUAAAAGCAGAAGGAAUUCAUUUUGAUAGUGAGAGUGGUGGCUUGGGAUGGCUGGGGAUUGUUUCUUCUCUGGCAUGGCUGGCUGCGCAUUUUGUGAAGCCUGACACUAGCAAUGGUGGAAGUAUGGAUCCUGGAAACUAUGUGAAGGUCAAGUGCUUGGCAUCUGGAAGUCCAAGUGAUAGUUGUUUUAUCAAGGGAGUAGUUUGCACAAAGAAUAUAAGCCAUAAACGGAUGAUUUCUCAACACAAAAAUCCUAGGAUCUUGAUUUUGGGAGGAUCCUUGGAGUACCAAAAGGUUCAACAUAAAUUGGCUUCAAUAAAUGCUGUUCUUGAACAGGAAAUUAAUCACUUAAAAAUAGCUGUUGCCAAAAUAGAGGCUCAUCGGCCGAAUAUUCUUCUGGUUGAAAAAAGUGUAUCAUCCUAUGCUCAAGAGUAUCUGCUGAAGAAGGAAAUAUCUUUAGUAUUGAAUGUUAAGCGGCCUCUUUUGGAGAGGAUCUCUAGAUGCACUGGUGCUGAGAUUGUCCCGUCAAUUGAUGAUAUUGCUUCAGCAAGACUGGGUCAAUGUGAAAUUUUUCGAAUUGCUAAAGUUUUUGAACACUGCCCACAAGGUGAACCUCUAAAUAAGCGGUCUAUGAAGACAUGGAUGUUCUUUGAAGGCUGUCCAAGGCGUUUAGGAUGCACGGUUCUUUUAAAGGGAGCAUCUCAAGAUGAAUUGAAACGACUUAAACAUGUUGUUCAAUAUGCAAGCUUUGCAGCUUAUCAUCUGUCACGUGAGACUUCUUUCCUUGUUGACGAGGGUGCAUCUCUUCCUGAAACUCCAUUGAGAGCUCCAAUGGUUCUACCUGCAAAGGUGGUGAAUGUGGACACUUGUAUAUCAAUGACUGGUAAUUCAGAGGAUCCUUAUAUGCUUGAAGCUGUGGGAGAAGAUGAUCAAGGAGCUAAUUCUUGGUGGAGAUUUGGCGGGAAGCAUGAUUUUCAAUGCUCUGAUAUGUCAUCUGGAAAUGCAGAGGUAUUGAGUGUUUGUUCUGGGCAGGAAAAGCUGCAAGUUGCCUCUGAUCAAAAGAACUCUAGUAUAGUUGCUGAUACUGAAUGGAGUAACUCAUAUUUCUCAGCUGAUAUGAGAGACCAUGAAGGUCAUCAGCUGGAGUUGCCAGAUAAAGAAAAAACUGUGUUAAAAACUCUUGAGAACCUAGAAUCGUUUGAGGAAAAAAAUUCAGGCAUACUUGAUAGGAAUGAGGCCACACAAGAUUUUUUUUCUACUUCUGACAGUAACCAGAGCAUCCUGGUCUCCUUAUCAAGCAGUUGUAUGCUAAAGGGCACCGUUUGUGAGAGACCUCAGCUUUUCCGUAUCAAAUAUUAUGGUAAUUUUGAUAAGCCAUUAGGGAGGUUUCUGCGUGAUGAUUUAUUUAGUCAGAAAUCUUCUUGCCCAUCUUGUAAAGAACCAGUAGAAGCCCAUGUCCGAUGUUACACUCACCAGCAUGGUUGUCUUUCCAUUAAUGUCAAGCGACUAUCUUUUAUGAAGCUACCUGGUGAACGUGAUGGAAAGAUAUGGAUGUGGCACCGAUGCCUCAAGUGUGAAUAUAAGGAUGGAGUCCCACCUGCUGCACCUAGAGUCAUCAUGUCUGAUGCUGCAUGGGGUCUUUCUUUUGGGAAAUUUUUGGAGCUUAGUUUUUCAAAUCACACAACUGCUAACCGCAUUGCAAGUUGUGGUCAUUCCCUUCAGCGGGACUGCCUUCGCUUUUAUGGGUGUGGAAGCAUGGUCGCUUUCUUUCGGUAUGCUCCCGUGAAUAUACUAUCUGUUCAUUUACCACCUUCAUUGAUGGAUUUCACUUGUGAUGGCCAUGAAGAAUGGAUCAAAAGAGAAGAAAAUGAGAUUUCAAGUAAAGUGGGGUUCCUACACUCAGAAGUUAUUGAUGCACUUUACAAUCUUGAACAACAAAUUAAAACAUUUGAGUGUCAACCUAUUAGAGCAAGCAUCCAAAAUCACAUUUCAGAGUUGAAUUGUUUGCUGAAAAAAGAAAGAAAUGAUUACAACGUCAUGUUGCAAACAACAGCAAUAUAUGAUAACAUACCUGUUCACUUAACUCAAGAUAUCCUACAACUUAAUCGCCUGAGACGCUCCCUUCUUAUUGACUCAUACCUGUGGGAUCGCCGCCUCUUUCUUUUGAACUCAUUUGCUAAUUCAAAAAGUUCUAGUGGCAAAGUUGAUUCCCAAUUUUUGGAGAUAUCAGGCCAUAACAAGCUGAAAGAAUGUGGUACUAGAUCAUUUAGUGAAGAAGGGAGGCCUUGCAAUCCGCUUGAGGAUAAUUUUUCAAAGUCAUUGGCUUUGGAGGUAAGCCCUCGGACGAUACUGUUGUCAAGGCAACAUGACGAGCGUAACUUGCAGGUUUUGGAGUGUAAAUCAAACAGUGUUGUUGAAAUGGAUCUGUCAAUUGAAUCUGAUGAGAGUUAUUCGUGUCAGACUGUUCUCAGCUUGGUGUCUGGUCAGCAUGUAUCAUCUGAUCUAAGAAAUGGCAGUUCUGAAGCCUUCUGUGAUGCAUCCUCCUUUGGAAGACUACCAUCACCUGGAUGUAAUUUAUCUGAAAAAAUUGAUUUAGCAUGGACUGGAACUGGCCAGACAAGUAAAGAUCCAUCAAUAGAUGGUUCAGUGGCUGUGCCAGUUGGAUCUGGAAGCUUCUUGGAUAGCCACCGCCAUAGAACAGUUAGAGUUUAUUCCUUUGAUUCUGGGUUGAGAAAAAUACAUGGCGGAUUGUCUCCUGCUUCAGCGCGAUUGUUUCCGGUAAAGUCAUUUGAUAUUUCUGGAGAUUUUCCAAGGGCUGCUAAGGAAACUCAGAACAUGCAAACUAUCUAUGCGCAAAGGUCUGUUAAAGAAGUUAAAAAAUUUAGUGCCUUUAAGGGGCAUAGCCCUCAAUAUCUCUCUUCAAUGCUCCGUAUGAUAAGUGAGGGAACUCGACUGCUACUACCUCAACCAGACCAUGAUGAUAUGGUCAUUGCAAUUUAUGAUGAUGAGCUCACUAGUGUAAUAGCUUAUGCAAUCCAUUCGCAAGAAUACACUGACUUCAUUACAAGCAAGUCAGAUCAUCUUGAUGGCUUGAAUGCAAAUGAGAAAGGCAAUAUUAUACAGACACCUCACCAGUCUCCGAAGCAGUCACGUUUUGAGGACCCCCGGUCUCAGAGUUAUGGAUCUCACAGUGGGCCCCAUGCAUUACCUGCUGACAUAUUAGAUCAAAGAGAGCCUCAUUUCAGAAGUUUCUUUGAUGAUGGACCCUCAUUUACAACUGAUAAAGCAAAGUUUUCUGUCACUUGUUACUUUGCGAGGCAUUUUGAUGCCCUUAGGAAAAAGAGCUGCCCUAAUGAAGAGGAUUAUAUUCGCUCCCUGAGUCGCUGCAGGAGAUGGAAUGCGCAAGGUGGUAAGAGCAAUGUGUAUUUUGCCAAAUCAUGGGAUGACAGAUUCAUCGUAAAGCAGGUGACGAAAACAGAGUUAGAAUCAUUUCUGACAUUUGCUCCUCAAUACUUCAAGUAUUUGAUGCAUGCAAUAAAUUCCAGAAGCCCAACUUGCCUUGCUAAAGUCCUUGGUGUCUAUCAGGUGACUGCCAAGAACUUGAAAGGUGGGCGUGAAGUAAAAAUGGAUUUGAUGGUGAUGGAAAAUCUUUUCUUUAGGAGGAAUAUAUCUAGGGUCUAUGAUCUAAAAGGAUCAUUACGGGCCCGUUUUAAUCCUGAUCCUUCUGGAGAAAACAAAGUUAUGUUAGAUCUGAAUCUUUUGGAGACACUUCGCACGAAACCAAUUUUUCUUGGAAGCAGGGCUAAGAGAUGCUUGGAGAGAGCUGUUUGGAAUGAUACUUCAUUUCUUGCGUCUGUUGAUGUCAUGGACUACUCACUACUAGUUGGCAUCGAUGAGGAAAGGAAAGAACUGGUAAUAGGAAUUAUCGAUUUUAUACGGCAGUAUACUUGGGACAAGCACCUGGAGACAUGGGUGAAGACCAAUGCUUGCUUGGCGGCUCAAGAAACACAGCACCAACUGUUAUAUCUCCAAUGCAGUACAAGAAGAGGUUUAGAAAGGCAAUGUCGAAUUAUUUUCUCACACUCCCUGAUCAAUGGUCUUCUUGAACUCAUCCUCAUUUUGGGUUUCCUUUACCUACCAGCAGUAGGCAGCAAAUAGCAAUGUUCCAUUGGUAAAUAGUAGAAGCUUUACUGAAAGAGAACAGAAUCAAUCUCACCGUUUCUGUUUUGUUCUUUUACAUUUCAUCUAUCCAAUUCAAUUGUUCAUUUUGCCAGUGUUGAUAGGCUCACUAGAUUGCGAUCAAAGCUUGGAAUUAUAGCUAGUUUUGUGAAACUCAAAAUGCCGGGAUUUAUGAUGGUGUUUGAUGUCAGUUCUUUUGUGGACUCUUUUGUUGAUAUACAUCUUCUUUAGAUUCUAUAUAUUGACCUGCUGAACAGCAAAAUAGGACGUCAUUCACUGA